ACGCACAUAAAAAUAUUCAUGAAUUUUAGUUAAUUCAACAGAAAUUUACAUUAAAACACACACGUAAUAAUACAAAUAGAUAUUUAUAUAUAGUUUAUUUUUUAUCAACAUGAGUAUGUGGGAGGAUUUUAUUAAGUGUUUCAGGAAAGGCACCAAGAUCAAGGGAUGCUCAGCGGACAAGAUUGCAGAGCUUUUCCAGCGAGUUCCUCCGGGUCAGCGCAAAAAUUUAAUAGAGUUUUCCAACAAACACAAUGAAUACGUAGAUCGUGUGCGCAAAUAUCCAGAUAAAAUGCCAACUAUCGAUUGGAAAUAUUACAAGACGAAUGUGCGAAAAGAAAUGGUUGAUUGGGUGACGGAUUUCGAGAAGAAAUACGAUAAUGUCGACAGCAUGUUUUCGAAUCGUCAUUCCAUGAUUGAUUUUUCCAAAUACUUUGGCGAAUUGGAAAAGCAAACGGAAGAAGUGAAAUUGGAAGUUAAGAAAUUCAAGGAGGCAUCCAAUGAACGUAUCAAACUUCUACAGCUGAAAAUGGAUGAGCUGAAAUGCAUGAAACCCUAUUCCGAAAUGACCAUGGAGGAGUUUUGUUUUGCCCAUCCCAAUGAGGCGCCCGAUUUUAUAAAUAAACCUACUUUCUGGCCGCACACUGUCGAGGAGAAUUUACCCAACGUGGAGCAUGUUCAUGAAGAGGAGGCGAAAAAGGAACCACAGAAAGAUAAAUCUGAUCCUAAAAAGCCACCUCCAACAGAUGCUCCUGCUGGCAGUGAGAAGCCGAAUAAGGGAAAGGAAGUGGAUAGUAAGAAGCCAGCUGAUUCUCCUAAAGAACCAGAGAAAGGAAAAGUACAAGCUGUGCAAGUUGAACCGAAAGAAUCAACCGAAAGCCAGAUUACAGAAAAGGUCACAGAAUUAGCUUCUAAAGGAAUUGAAUUAGUCAAGGAAUUAGGAUCUAAAGCAAUCGUUGUGCUGCAGAAUUUGUGGGAGAAAUGGGAAGCUAAGCGAAGACAGGUGGCGAAGGAUGCUGAAGCAGAAAGAAAGAAGAAAGAAUCCGCAAAUGCAGUUAAGACUCUUGAUGGAAAAGCGGUUAGAGACGUUGCUUCACCUGAAAUUUGCAAUAAGACCAUAAUUCGAGGUGAGGAAAUGGCCAAGGCUGAUGUUAAAGAACAACACGUUGACUUGACCAUCGAAGGAGAAACGGAUCCGGACGAACAGAUUUCUAAGCAAAAGACGAGAGAGGCAAAGGGCAAGGGUACAGUAUGUAAGGAGGAAGGUGAAACAGUCUGCUCCCAGAAAUGUCAGGAUAAAAAUGAAGAAAUUGAAACAAUUUGCCAGAAAUAUGAGGAAAAGAAAAGCAAGGAAGAUGCCGAUAAUAUUUGCCAGAAAUAUGAGGAAAAAAAGAAAACCGAAGAUGUCGAUUCAGUUUGUUACCAGAAAUAUCAGGAGAAAAAGAAAGCUAGCAGACUGAGUGCAGAGGAAGAAAAGUCGUGUAAAGAAGCCGCAACACAAGACGAUGCCAAGUUGUUAGCAAAGCAGAGCGAAGAUGAAUGCAAGAAGCCCAAAAAAGAGGAGAACAAGUGUAAACCAGAUGAGAAAGCUUCGCUUGAUACAACACUAAAACCUGCAGCAAAUGCUGAGCAACCAACAAGUGUUGUAAAUGCUUCAACUCCAACUUCAGGUGAUGACAAUACCAUAAUAGGAAUGCAUCAUGAGUGUCUCACAGCUGAGAAUGAGAUAUUUUUGGGAUCAAAAAGACCGACAAAGAUUGACACUGAGCAGAAUAAAGUUGAGGCAUUCGAUAAGAAUAAGGUUCAAGCGUCUGAUGGCAAAAAGAUUGAGAUUUCUGAUCACAAAACUGAACCAGCUGUGCAACCGAAGCAAGUCUCACAAAAUGAAAUAAUUGCAGCUGCAUUGGAGAAACAAUUGUUUAAGACUAAAAGUUCCACAGUUCCCAAAUCGGAGCUUUCAGAUGAAGGCAGCAACGAGUUCAAAUCUUCGUCAGAUGCUAAACAGCUGGGUAAGCAACAGAAAGCGCAAGGAGAUCCCGAAGAGAUUGCCAAGAACAUGUUCAAAAUGGCCACAGGAGCUGCUCAACUGCUGUCGGAUGCCAAGCGGAGCAUUGAGCAGGUGCACAGAGAGAAUGCUGGCCAAAUUGAAGUGCUGCAACAUGCCUAUGAGACGGCAGAAAAGCAAAUCAAUCUGGCUCUAAGUCAGGCCUACAGUGCUUUAGCUUCCGCUAAGAAACUCGCACAUCGUGCUCAAAGUACUUUGGAGGCCGACGAGCAGAAACUGGUGGCCACCAUUGAGAAGCACUCGAUGUUGGCCAAGUUGUUGGCCAAUCAGGCUGUGACGAUGCAGAAAGAAAUCUCAAAACUUCUCGCUGGUCUCAACAAGAAACAAUGAGUUUAGAGUUUAUUAUAUAUUUGAAUGUAAUUUUACAUUGCAUGUUCGAACUGUGUUCGCAUUAAAUUUGCGGUUAAAUUUUCAAAAA